CUCCUCCCACUCUCUCUCUCUCUCUCUCUCUCUCUACAUACAUGUCUUUUCUUACAAUUUAAGCCAAAAAAACUGUUACACAAUUUAUACCACUUCCAAAACCAAAACCAAAAUCAAAACCAAAACCUCAAAAACCCAUUACACAAAAUCUGACACACCUCGUCGGAAAAUGAGCUCCGUCUGCAUAUCAAACUGUGUCAAAGACACCAGAGUUCCCGUCAGAGCCACCUACGUCAACCUCUACAAGUGGCCGGAAUCUGACGCCGAGUUCGUCCGCACGGCGGUGCGCGGCGGCGGAGGGCGGCCGGAGCAGCAGCCGAGGGUGGUGGACAGUAUCUCCUGCAGGCAGCUGUACCUUAGGAGCUACACUUUCUCUAGGAAAGAGACAGUUCCGGAGAGGACUAAGAAGUGUUUGGAUCGGGUCAGAGAGAGGGUGGUGGGUCGAGGGGGGAGGAGGCGGAGGAGGACGGCGGCGGAGGGUCGGCCGGUGGUUCGUAGGAAGAAAUGUGCAGUGGUGAGGAGAGUGAAGGAGCUAUCUUGCGCCGCCCUUUGUGCUAUCUUCCACAGGCUGCUAUCUUGCUCUGCUAGUGUAGAUGUUGUGGGUGGACCAUAGACACCAGUGAGUUGGUUAGUAGUUGUUGUUUAAUAAUACAACAAAUGCUAGAAAGAAAUUAAAUAUAGAAUCGGAUAAAAAAAAAUAGAUGGACGGACAAGAUUUUGCAACAAUGGUUGCUAGGGGCAUGUCUGUUUAUUUAUUUAUUUUGUAUUUGAUUUUAUAUUUAAUUUAUGUGUUAUUAAACUUAUUUUUAAUUAUAUGAUUUGGAUAAUGUUUGGAAAAGUUUAUAUUUAUGUUUAAUUAGAGAAUGGAAUGGGUAUUGGGUAUCUGUUGUUUUUAUGUUUGGAGGGUUGAAAGAGGUAGGUUACAAAUUGUAUGUUUUGGGUCUGCAAAUUUGUCUAGUUCUUAUGAGUGUGUUUAGCAAAAUAAUGGAGUCGUCUAUUUUACUAUGUA